AUGUUGACCAUUCUGCUGAUCAGCAUUAUGGCCAUACUAGCCAUCAGUGUGAUCUACGACCGAUAUUUCCACCCGCUGGCGAAGUUUCCGGGCCCAGUAAUUGCCGCAACGUCUCCACUAUGGGCCAUGCAUGCGCGCUAUUCAGGCAGACUCCUUCCAAAACUGCGAGGUCUUCAUGAAAAAUAUGGCCCAGUAGUCCGGAUAUCACCAACAGAGCUAUCGUUCGCAAGCCCCAAGGCACGAGACGAUAUCUACAAGGACGAGUAUAACAAAGGAUUUACCCCAACCCAGAACAACGUCAGUUUCGCGAUCGACGUCGUUAUCGGGAAUACAACUGCUCAGUCCGCAGCCACCCAGACAGAUCAUAGGAGUGUCCGCUCGCAGGUCCAGGGGAUUCUGGCUACAUACCCAGCUCGUAGCCAGGAGGAGAUUCAUAGAACUUAUCUAGCGGAGUUGGAAGGCGAGUUGGAUGAGGCGGCUUCCAGCGGGGAAACGUAUAAUCUUACUCACGGGCUCGAUAGGCUAAUAUGGCAGUGCAUGGGUCACUUCUUCCUGGGUCAUGCAAUUCCCAUGAGUACCAAGGAGACCUUUGAUUCCUUUAGGAGGUGGGAUAAUGUGUAUACUGCCGGAUUGGAUCUGAUGUUUUAUGUUGGCCGUUUGCCAGGAGCCUCAGUGGUUGCUACCAUCCUGUGGAAGACAGUCCGUUAUUUCAUGGAUACGCGCUGGGUGCAAGUGAAUACUUUCAGUCGCAUUCAGGAGCUCACAGAUCGAAAAGAGUUCAGAGAGAGUAUCGUCGCACAGAAACUGGGGAUCUCCAACAAAGGCGCGAAUGGAAGUCCUGAUCUGAAGCGCGGCAUGGCACAUAUAAGUCUUCUGGUAAUCGGAGGAUAUGACCCCGUUUCAGCUGCCGCAUCAGCGGUCUUCUACCACUUACUGCGACGCCCAAGAAUGCUUGCAAGUCUCCAAUACGAACUCCAGCUCGCGAUUCCUGACAAGAGUGUUGUCUCCGAUGAGGAUCUCUCCCAGAUCCAAUAUCUGAACGCCUGCCUCCAGGAAAGCCUUCGACUCCAGCCUCCAGUCAACGACGUCGGCGCCCGGAUCUCGACUGGCGUAGUGGUAGAUGGCGUCUACGUGCCCAAGGGGGCCAAAGUCUUUGUAGACAAAUAUUCCAUCCACCGCUCUGUAGAUUAUUUCCAAAACCCAGAUCGCUAUGAACCAGAGCGUUGGAUGUACCCGUCGGCUUCUGGAUCAGCAGAUGUGCUGGGGGCAUUCUCUGCAUUCUCAGUGGGCACGCAUGCUUGCCCUGGGAAGACUAUGGGCUUACGUGUCUUGCGUCUUACUAUUGCCAAGUUGCUGUUGAAGUAUGACUUCCAGCUGGAGAACAAGGAAUUUGAUUGGGACCGUGAUGCGCAUUGUUGUCAUGUAUGGCAGGAUUUUCGGGUGAUUGUCAAGGUCACGAAAAAGGAGAAGUAA